AUGAAGAUUUCAGCUGCCGGUCUCAUCCUUGGGAGCCUGGUGUUCGCCUUCUCUCUGCCUUUGGUGGUGGCUUUGCCAAAAACACUGGCCAUCCCUAAGAAGCUGCAAGAAGCCGUGGGGAAGGUCGUUGUCAAUGCCACAACCUGUACUGUCACCUGUGGCCUUGGCUACAAAGAAGAGACAGUCUGCGAGGUGGGCCCUGAUGGUGUGAGAAGAGAGUGUAAAUCUCAGCGCUUGGAAUGUCUGACCAACUGGAUCUGUGGAAUGCUCCAUUUCACCAUUCCCAAAGGGAAGGGAUUUGAGCUCAGCUGUCUGAGUUCAGACAUCCUGGAGAUUGGGCAGGAAGCAUUCCGGUUCACCUGGAGACUCGCCCGGGGUAUCAUCUCUACUGAUGAUGAGAUCUUCAAACCCUUCCGAGCCAGUACCUACUUUGUGAGGUUUCCCUCUGUUCAGGAGUACGACUCUGGGACAUACCGGUGUGAUGUGCAGCUGUUAAAAAACUUGAGACCUGUCAAGAGACUCUAUUUUGGGCUGCGGGUCCUUCCCCCUGACUUGGUGAACCUGAAUUUCCAUCAAUCCCUUACCGAGAAUCAGAAGUUAGUUGAUAAGGGCCUGGAAGUGAAUCUAGACAACCAGUCCGAGCCUCACCGCCCACGGUGGAAGAAGAAGGUGGCUGUAGCCUUGGGAAUAGGAGUUGUCGGUGGAGUGGCUGGUGGUGUAUUGAUGGCCAUUGCUCUGGGCUUUGGGCUGAGGGUGGUCUAUAGAAGUGCUGGCCUUGAGUCCUUAAAAGCCCUGAAGGACUGGCUGCCCAGGACCCUGGACUGGCUGUUUAGGAAGCCAAGCUAG